CUGUUCUUCGCGUGUACACGCUACAGUAAACGUAACCUUAAAUCUAACACGUUUGAACACAAAGUCUGUGGCUUCGAAUACAAAGGAUGGUAAACGUGGGUGAUCAAACUUCAUCGGGAGCCAAUUUUAAUUUCCAUGUGAUGUUUAAAGAAAAAAAUAAAUCUUUAUCAGCCGGAUAUCAUUGGAUCACAAGCGCUUCGACGUUCGCAGUCGAUGGCGUGUUCUUUGGCGAAACAUCGACUACCUCUCUGUCAUUUGUCUUUACAUCCUGCCGAGCUCCAUUAUAUAAUUUCAUCACGAUCAAUUCACACUUCGCUAUCGGUCCAGUCGGCUGUCCGCACUUUGAGCAAAAAUUUUCACAAAUGGCACGAACGAAUGUGAAAAGGCGACAUUCUGAUUUGCCGCAAUUCGAAUCAGUCGUCAGAAUCUCCAGUCUUCCCAUCGUGGAAAACGGUAUACACAUAGCUGGCAAUGUGUACGAUAGAAUAAAGCGUUCGAAUUCAUUGAUGGGUUGGAGUUUGUAUACUGCUGAACAAUCAUUUGCGAUCGCAACAGCGUCAGCAAAACCCGCGAUUCAUGCAUUAAAUGGACCUAUUACAACGAUCGAUCAAUUGCUCUGUAAAGGUAUAGAUAUCGUUGAACAAAGAGUGCCGGCAGUACAUCUUCCACCACAUCUUAUGUACUGCAAUGCACGAGAAUACGUGAACAAUAAAAUCGUCAGGCCUGUUUUGAUGCGUGCUGGAAGUGUGAAGAUAAUAGGAAGCCAGGCUGCGGAUGUUGCAGUAGACACGUUAGAUGGUGCUUUAACUGUUGCGGACAAAUAUGUUGAUCAUUAUUUACCUGCUGAUGUUACCGACGGUAUAGAUGGUAAAUCAGAUUUCUUUCAUGUUCAAAUUAAUGUGUUACAGUUAGCAACGGAUCCAAUAUUAGCGUUCCAAAAAGCCAAAGAGUUGUGGGGAACUUUAAGUUUGCCCGAACCGGAGAAUCAAGCUCGGCCAACCACUGUAGAGCAAUUAUUGGUACUUCUAACGCGUGAAUCUGCACGUCGUAUUGUACAUCUGGUGAAUGGAACAGCAGCGUUAGCAGCCAAAACUCCUCGCAAUCUUGGCAGACUUCUCAUUAGAGUUUCAAAUCAAUUGCAUGCAGUUGCAAAUGCUACGUUAAACAUGAUACCAAUCAUCAGUCAAAAGAAUGCAACGAAGAAACGUAUUUCAGCUGUACGUUCAGCCAUACAAAGGCUCAAUUCAAUCACGAAUCAUUUAUUGGAGCAGUUUGCAGCUUUUCUAGCUGGUCGUCCAAGCGUUUCAAAAGUAACACACGUCCAGACUCAUCAGCAAAACCACAAUAACCACAGGUCGAUGUCUUCCAAUCCGCCAGUAAAUGGUAUCGAAUCUUCAACUAGAAACAAGGGAUUAGCGAUAAAGAAAAGAAUGGCUACCGAAAUUGCACAACUGCCUCACAUCGAAGUGUUUCAUCGUGUAAUGGAACUUCCAGUAAUUGAAAGUGCAAUAUCAAAAUCUGCAGCGACAUAUUUGCGCGUGAAAGAUUGCAACCAGUUGGUUCAUUGGGCACUAACCACCGCAGAAACUUCUUUAAGCAAUGCAACGAAGCAAGCGGUACCUAUUGCUGCUCCCAUAGCUAAGAAACUCGAGAACCCUAUACACUUCUUUGACCACACGCUGUGUCUUGGUCUCGACAAAAUCGAAGAAAAAGUACCACUGGUUAAAGAGAAACCCGAGCAGGUUAGAAAUCAAUCCCUUUUCCGCAUUUCGCUCGUUAAUAAUUUAAUAAUUUCCCAAGCUUUAAGUUUGAGAGAUAUAAGUUGGAGCAAAGCGAAUCAGAUUUUAGAAACGCAAUAUGGCAGUGCAGCUGUUAGAGGUUUGGAUAGCACAGCUGAUAUUGUUGAUAAAUUAAUCGAUAAAUUUUUUCCUGCUACAAAAGAUGAACAAUCAAUAGAAAGAAUGGCAGAUACUAAAAGCACCUCAUCAUCUGACAGUACACCUCAUCUCGAAGUGAUUAAUCGCGUAAAAAGUAUUCCUGUUAUUCAUUCAGCCAUAGAAAAAACGGGAUCGACAUAUUCUUAUCUCAAAGAUUCACAUCAUUUAAUCAAUUGGGCAUUAACUCAAGCCGAAGCUGGAUUACACUAUGCAACCGCCACAGCUGCUCCUCUUACUGCACCUUUAGCUAAAAAGUUCGAGGAACAAAUUACUGCCGUAGAUCAAAAAUUAUGCGAAGGGUUAAACAUGGUCGAGCAAAAAGUGCCAAUCAUGAAACAACCACCUCAAAAGAUUUAUGAUGCAGCCAAAGCAGUAAUGAGCAGCUCUUUGCAGCCAACAAUUGACAAAUUACACGCUGCAAAAGAAUCAGCUACGCAACAAGCAUCAACUCUUAAAGAAAUUAGUAUGGCAAAGGCUAAUGAAUUGUUAAAUACACAAUAUGGUAAUAUAGCAGUACAAGGUGUUGAUAAUAGUAGCGCUCUCAUUAACGGUUUAUUGGAUCGUUAUUUCCCACCAAUAGAAGGGGAAGAAAACAUACCAGCUCCAGUAUCUGCCGAUGAGAACAAAAUUUUGCAUGCUGUACAAACCAUUGGACAAUUAUCCACGAAAACCGCCAAUCGAGUAUACCAUUCGGUUGUAGCACAAUUAAAAACAGUGAAAAAAGAGGACGUUGCGUCGUACAUGUCGAGCGUUAUAUCUAUUCUUCACCUAACACACUUUUUAAGUUUGAACGAUAAACAGAUCAAUAAUAAAGGUGCGACUGAAGAAAAUACAGAAAAAAAGUAAACCCGAAACUUAUUAGUAAUUGUACAAUAAUGCACCUCUCGUCGAAUAAAUAAUUAUAGCAUAAA